AAAAAAAAUUCAGGCAGGUUGAAAUGUUGUCAACCUAAACAGGUUUCGACAAAAAGCAUUGCCGACAAAGCCUCCAUCACAUGAUAAUCAGUGUUUUGCAAAAACUUUAACUCUUCGGUCAAACCGUGUACUUGUGUUAGCAUGGCACAUCGCCGAAAUAAGCUGGCGAAACAUAAAAUUCCGGCUAAACCUAAAGAAGUCGAACUGAGCAUAAAUAUCUGGGGCAGUCGUUUUCAUUCAGAGAGAGAGAGACGAAGUCGUCGUCAAAUUGAAGAUUUCAAAGAUUUACUGAAAGCCUCAAGGUUCCAAGUUGCGAAAGCGCAAGAGCCGGUUAAUUCCCCAACUGGGAAUGCCAGAAUCAUUAGCAUCCAUUUGAAGACAACGGAAUCUAGCAAAGCGAAGUUUUUUGAGCGAUUUCGACGAGAAUGGUGUUCCUCUAUUUGCCAGCGUGGCGACUCGUUCUGGAUGGAGUCAGAGACUCCCGAAGAUACUUCCAAAUACAAGACAGAUGAGACAGGGCAAAUGAUUAGAGUUGCUUCCUUCAGCUUUGGAACAUUUACUACCCCUGGCACGUACGUACAGCACUGGUCGAGUGAACAAGAUUCUGUUUUCAUUCAAGAUGGAAGCAUCGAAAGCGAGUUUCAGCAUGAUUUGGGAACCUUCACGAUCUUCUUCUUCAAGGGGGGCGCUGUUAAAGGAUCUAGAGAAAUAAAAAUUGAAAUGGAACACAGGCAGUUUGAAAAUUAUGUCGUCGUCGAUGAAAACUUUACCAAUGGAAAAAUUAGCUUCUAUUUUCCCCUGCAGUGGCCACAAAAAAUAUCCGAAGAAUUAAAAAUCAAUGGCCGCACAAACUACGACCGCCUGAGUCACUUCCUAGGAUGCAGUCGAGAAAUUUUGGGCUCAAGUUAAGUGUUAUGCUUAAACUUUCCUCUGAAAGAAAGAAUUCUCGAGCAAGAUGAGGCAGAUUCCCCUCUUGGAUUGAUGACUGGCCUUUCACGGAGAGGCUUUUCUCUUUGUUUCUCGAGUAUAAAUACAAGGUUUCCUCGAGGACACACGGAGGCUCCAAAGAAACCCACACUCUCGGACCCCAAGAUCAAGUACGCUUUGGAAUGUCUUUUGUCUCGAGGCUUCAAAGUUCGUGAUCGUGUUUCUCGAAAGUUUUACGACUUGUUACGAAGCGCCACAAACAGGUAUGGCUUACUCCUGGCAAACACCCUCGUAUCUCCAGAGAAAGUUUGCAAAGCUCUGUACAAGUUGGUCAACAUUGUGGAGACGGAUCGAUUCUGCCCUUUACAGCAUUACCUUGAGAGAUUGCUCUAUGGAGACAUGACACAUCUGACGGCAUUUGAAUUUGAGAUUCCGCAGCAUUACGUAUACGUACCUCGACUUAUCGUUACCCCUACUCAAGAUUACCUCCUGUCCGCAGAAUUGGUUGCAGAGAACCGUGUCAUCAGGGAGUAUGGGCACGAGCAAACGAUGCGAAUUGCAUUCCGGGAGGAAGACUUUUCCAAGCUCUCAUCAACGUACCCAGAAGGCCUCAAACACGUCUUGAAUGAACGUGUAGUAGAAUUGCUCUCUAACGACAUCCACAUUGCUGGGAGAAAGUUUGAGUUCCUGGCUUGUUCCAGUAGUCAGUUACGUGAUCACGGUGCAUGGCUGUACGAUAAAGAGCACAGAGCCGCUGACAUAAGAGGAUCGCUUGGGCAGCUGAAUGAGAUUAGAUGUGUUGCCACCUAUGUGUCUCGCAUGGGUCAGUGCUUCUCGUCCACAAAGGAGGCGGUGACAGUCAGCAUUGAAGAGGGUUGUACUGUGGAAGAAAUUCCAAAUAUAGAAGUAAAAUAUAAAGAUGUGUAUUUUGAAUGUUGUGACAACUUUAGAUCUGGAAAAUACACCUUAAGUGAUGGAGUUGGGAAAAUCAGUAAAGCCUUGGCCGAGAAAGUGGCAGAUAGCCUCGAUUUGGAUCCUACCCCGUCUGCUUAUCAGAUUCGUGACGGUGGUUGUAAAGGGAUGCUGGCAAUAGAUCCCAGGCUUCCAAACGGCGAUGAAAAGGAAAUCCUGCAAUAUCGCAAGAGCAUGAAAAAGUUUAACUCGAAGCAUCCAGCUCUGGAGAUCUGUGAGGCAACGCGGCCGAGUGACAUGCGCACUUUUGAAGCAGUGGAUAUCCCAGCUCUUCACCAUUUGGUCGACUGCGUUGUUUUUCCAGCCAAAGGCAACCGACCUCACUCAGAUGAAAUGUCAGGUUCAGAUCUCGACGGAGACAAGUAUUUUGUCACGUGGUAUGACAAGUUGCUCCCACCUAAAGAUAACGUUGCCCCAAUGGACUUCACAUCCCCGGAGAGGGUGGUGCUACACAGACCCAUAGAAGUGCCUGUUAUGAUUCAGUUUGUAGCAGACUAUAUAAAAAAUGAUCAACUGGGAAUUAUAGCAAAUGCUCAUCUUGUCCAUGCAGACCACGAUGAUAAAGGUGUAUUUUCGGACGCCUGUAUCAAACUGGCCCACAUGCACUCGGAUGCCGUAGAUUUUCCAAAAACAGGGAAGUGUCCGUCGUUGCCGAAAGAUUUGAGGCCAGAUCAGUACCCAGACUUCAUGAUGAAAUCCGGGAAACCCCGGUACAAUUCUCAAAGGAUCUUGGGAAAACUCUUCCGCAAGUGUAAAUCCCUUGAUCGUGCCCAGCAGUUCUCAAACGAGGUCUCUCAGACACAGAUCACUCCCGACCCAGACCUGAUCGUUCCAGGAUACGCGCAUUAUCUUGAAGAGGCGAAGGCAGUGAGAAAUCACUACAACACAAAGCUCGCUGGGCUGAUGUCUAUAUAUGGCUUAAGAAAUGAAGGAGAAGUGAUAACUGGCUGCCUUGUUAAAGUAAACACUCGCCUCGCUGGUAAAACCGAUGAAAAAUAAGAAGUGGCGCAGAUGAUUCAAGCAAGUCUGUCCACACUACGUGCAAAAACGCGUCACGAAUUUUACGAUGAAUUCGGUGGAGAAGAGGAAGUGAUGGAUGAGUUUGAAAAAACUGGUUACUUUCCCGAUGAGAUUUUGCAGAAAGCUUCGGCAUGGUACAUGGCAACUUAUGGAGACAAAGGUAAAGAUGAAGUUCAGACGACUGCUUCGUCUACGGAUCCAAAUCAUCGACGGGAGCAAGAAGGAGACCUGAAAAGAUUACUCAGUUUUCCUUGGGUGGUGGACCGUAUCCUGGCAAGUAUCAAAAAAGCUAAGAAUGAAGAGAGGGAGAGGGAUGGAACUCCAGCACAACAUGCCGUUGAUGCAGUCGGUGACGUCAUAACAGAUCAAGCAGCUUACUUUUUUGAUAAGUUCAAAUCAGAGCUAGUUGAUACCCGAGAGGUUCAAAUUGAAGAGCGAAAUAAGCUAAAGAAUACGUUAAACCGUCUUCUUGGAGAGGCCCGGGUACCAAAGCUGGCUUUAUUCGACUCCUCGCUGACUGGGAUCUCUGUCGGAGACGAGCAACAGACCCAUGUCGAGAUUUAUGCUCAUUUUAAAUGGAAUGCAUCUGAGAGGGAGCAGUAUGAGUGCCUUCGAUGGCUAAGAACAGUACUCGACCGAGCGGGUGAAGUCCAAAUGCAAAGACACCCUGUGGUUCUACACUUUCAACGCUCCUCUCAAGGUUUCAAAUUAUUGAAGCAGGACUACUACAUUACAGCAGACUCCAACAGAUUCCAAAAGAGUGUCUAUGUCAGUAUGCAGGUUCAGCGGUGUCCUCGACUCCUCCAUCUGCUGCUAGUUUUAAUACACUGGGGGCGACGAAAGCAUCUUAUUGAGAACUCGGGGCACGGCUUCCUGUCAGACGAAAACCUGGCAACCCUUUUUCUCGUCUUUUGUGAGGAAUCUAACUUGAUUAAUAAGUUGAGCAGCGAUGAUUUGCAGAACUUCACAUCACGUCACCUUGGUUUACCGUCCAGCGCCGAACAAACUGAGGCUGAGAGGGUAUGGAGCAAUGAAGUGCUGAGAGACGAUUAUCAAGAAAGACUUAAAGGUCUCAUAAGUGACAUCACUCCAGGGCAUCUAUUGAUCAAAUUUUUUUAUUAUUACAGUUUAGUGACAGACGAUGAUCCCCUUCAUUUGCGAAAUGUGAAAAAUCCACUGAAAAGCCACGAAAAGCUUUGUCCGAACGUUUCUCGGGAAGAAAGUAAUCGCUUUUCCGAUGCUGCUCUUCAUACGUUCCAUGAACUUGCACAGUCCUGUAGUCUGGAUAGUCUUACUGCAACAUCACAUGCAGAGAACACGCGUGAACUGAAGGAAACGCUGACCAUACCAAACACUAGUUGGGGCGCACUCCGGUUCGCUGAAGAAUUUGUAAGAAUGAAGUUAUCAGCAUUAACGUCAGCUCACAUCUCCUUACGACCAGCUCAGACUGGUUACAUUCUUGAGGCCACAGGAAAUUAUCUCACGCUACACACUGUUCAAAAUGAACUGGAGAAGAUCGAAACAACCUGCACCUCGUACAUUUACGACCAUACCGUGAGUGGGGCCAGUCAGUUUCUUUUCUUGGACCAAAAUGAGCCAAAUGAUUCAGUAAGUUUUAAGCGCCUGAAGAAAGGAGACUGUGCAGUAAACCUAGAUCGUUUGAAUGAAUCACUACGGCUUUGCCUCGAUGAUGAGCCCAACGACGAUUUGGCAGAAAGGAAGUUCCUCACCUUGAUUUCCUCUCAAAUGAGGGUUUUUAACCGGGAGCAUUUACCUCACGUUCAUGGUACUGAAAGACUGAUGAUCAGGGCUGAAUUUGGUACCAUUUAUGUUCAAAACGCACAGAUUUUUGCAUCAAACGUUGGAGCCGUUGAGAAAAUUCUGAGUCAGAACGCGGAUGCUAAAAACCGGCCCGGAUCCAUUCAUGCCCUGCCAAAAAAUCUUAUGACACAAAUUUCUACCAUUGUUGGGCGAUGGUAAGAUCUGGACUGCAGCGUUCCCAAGACCUUCCCACAAAUUAAAAGCUAUGAAGAAACAUACACCCUGGGAAUAAAAGAAGGCAGGAACCACAUCAAAACCGUGCUCUAUGACAGCGAGUUGCAAUUUUUUGACUUAAAAAUCCCUCCCAUUAACUGGGUGGUCGCAGACGUCAAAGCCCCGCGCCUUGCAAGAGCGACGUCACCUUACAUUGAUUUCCGCGUCACCGUCUGUUCCGAAAGAAAACUUGGAGAUGAUAAAGACGAAGUUAUGAGCUCACCUGGUUACGAAAUGUUUAGAACAAAAUCAGUCCUCAGCAAAACAGACGAUACGAGUUUGGAAUUGGCAAGUGGCUUCCAAAAUAAAAUUUCUUUUCUCAGACAUGAUAAAACUUCGAUCUACAAAAUCUCGGAUGGAAAACUGUUCCUUGAAGUAAAGGAAGUAGUGAAAUAUGAUGGAAAAGGUUCCAGGUUUCUUAAACCCUUUAAAAACUUCACCGAAGCUAAAAUAUUUGGAUUUUUUGAUGGUAAAGGUGGUCCGGAUGAGGCAGUGAAGGUGUCCAGAGACUUAUGGUCAGCGGCUAAGAGGCUGAGAUCACACAUUAGAUAAAAUAACUGCUUUUACGCAACGAAAAUAUAGUAAAUUUGGAAUAAAUUUUGUAAAGUUAA